CUCUGGGAGAGCCGUAUUGACAGCAUAAGGCCAGUGAGGUAGCCAAGUGACUGAGGUCUAUGACACCCUGAUGGAACUAGCACAGUCAAGUAAAGCUGAGGCCAGAAUCCGACACGAGGCGAAAAGCCUGGCAAACCAGAUCUCUGACUUCAAAUUUCUGGUCUCAGUUGUGAUUUGUGGUUUGGCACAAUAUCCUGUUCCAAGUAAUCAUUAUAAGCAUGGCAUGGGGGGAGGGAUAGCUCAGUGGUUUGAGCAUUGGCCUGCUAAACCCAGGGUUGUGAGUUCAAUCCUUGAGGGGGCCAUUUAGUGAUCUGGGGCAAAAAAUUGGGGAUUGGUCCUGCUUUGAGCAGGGGGUUGGACUAGAUGACCUCCUGAGGUCCCUUCCAACCCUGAUAUUCUAUGAUUCUAUGAUUCCAAACUCAGUCAAUGGACAUCGCGACUGCUACUUCUUUGAUGAGAAGCUGCCUUGAUUUCGUUGUGGCCUACAGAGACAAUGGAUUUGAAGAUGCCAUCACUGCUGCAAAGGAAGGGUGGAAAACUUAGGAGUUGAGCCUGUCUUCAAGGAAACUCGUAUUCAUUGGAAGAAGAGACAGUUUUGUUACGAGGACAAAGAUGAGGUGAUGGGAAGCUCGGAAGAAAAAUUCAAGAGGGAGUUUUUUUGCUCGCUGUUGACACUGCUCAAGGGUCCAUCAAAGAAAGGUUCAGACAAAUGAAGCACCACGAAAAGAUCUGGGGGGUUUGGUAUGACAUCAGUAAGCUGCCAAUGGACAGGAAAACACUCUUGAACAAUUUUAUGGACCUUCAUUGGAUGCUGACACAUGGGGAAUGGUUGGAUGUCAAUGACAAAGAUCUCUAUAUAGAAUUGGACAACAUCCGUCACAUUUUGCCACACAGAAAGCACUCUCCACUUCAAGUUCUCCAAUUCUUUCAUGAUGCAGAGCUGAAGGACACAUUUUCUAAUGUGUGGAUCGCUUUGAAGAUUCUGCUCAUGCUGCCAGCUACGCAAGUGGUGAGCGUAGCUUUUUGAAGCACAGGCUCAUUAAAACAUAUCUUCGAUUGACAAUGGCUGAUGAGAGAUUGACAUUGCUUGCUAUUUUAUUGCUUGAAAAUGCCAUUGGCCAGUCUUUAGAUCUCUCUAAUGCUGUGCUUGAGUUUGUGAGGGAAAAGGAGGAGGUGGUCACUUUCCACCAUGAAGGUUUCUUCUGGAGGUGCUGGUUUCUUGGAGUUGUAGAAGAGGACACUAACAAUAUUUGGAAAUUCUGGUACACCAACCAAUCGCCGUCUAAGAAUUGCACACAUGCCUACCUUUCUCCAUUUCCUUUUAUCCGAGAUGAACACAACUCAACCUCCUAUGACUCUGCAAUCAUUUAUCGUGGUAUCUGGACUGUGCUCAUGCUCCUGGGGGUGAUCACUGUUCUGGUGGCCAGCUUCUUCAUCAUCUGUGCAGCUCCCUUUGCCAGCCAUAUUCUAUACAAAGCAGGAGGAGGCAUUUUCAUCGCUGCAGGCAUCUUGUUUUCACUGGUGGUCGUGAUGUAUGUCAUCUGGGUCCAGGCAAUGGCUGAUCUGGAAAACUACAUGAAUAUGAAAAAAAUUGAUUGCCCAGACUUUGUUGCUUAUGUGCACUAUGGCUGGUCUUUCAUACUGGCUCCUAUAGGAAUAUUUUUUGCUUUGAUUGCAGGAAUGCUCUUCCUAUUAGUAGGGCGUACUAUUCACCUGCACUCUGACUUAUCACACAUCUAAUAAUGGGUAUACUGGGAUUGUGAUAAAACUUUUAAACUGGAACACAAAUUAUGUACAUUAUUGCCGCUACUACUAUAUAGCGUUUGUAGAGGCACUUCUAGAAUUGCUUACGUUACUUGUUUAAUUGAGACGUUCCUAUGGGACAUAAAACUCAGUAUAGGGAAAAAAAUAACUUCAUUCCUAUCCAAUUUCUUUAAGUUCUUUAGGUACUACAUGGAAUGGUUCUCCACAUAACAUUAGUUGCAGCAUUAGAUCUCCCUGCAAACACAGGAGGGCAAAAAAUCACCAACAACAUAAAAAUGGGUCAAAUCAGGAUUUUCUACAUUUGUCUUAGCCAUUUACUUUGUGCCACUGUCAAAAAAGUCCUUGUGGAGAAUGGUAAAGACAGAGGAAAACAAGUGUUCAACGGAGUAAUUUAAUCCACCUCCUCUCCCCCUUUCCAAAACUUUCCUUUGCUUUACUAUGAACAAACACUUCUGCACUUAAAAAUAGAGUACAGUUGUUCAUGCAGUAUCCACGUGAACUGGGCAGUAGAGAAGAUGAUUCCAGUGAAUAGUGAUUUGGGGCUAGUAUCUACAUGUAAUAGCUUAACUGUCAACAUGAUAUGUUUUACUGCUAUGUAAACAUUUGAAAGCCGUAUUCUUCUAUAUUCUGAAAUCUGUGUUCAUUUGUGGCAUGGUUCUGUAAACCAAAAUAAUAUAGUUAAACUACUAACUAAAGGUAUGCCAAAAUUAUAUAAUAACACAUAUGGUGUACAUUUUUUAAAUCAAGUUUUUACCAGAACAUUUUGUAGGUAUGUUUGAUGAUUGGCUUUUUCAAACAUUAUCCAUGAUUUACAUACUUUAAAUAGUGAAAAAUUGCUGUAUAAUGAGAUUUUUAAUUAAAAAUGUUUAUUAUGAACACAAUAUAAAGUGCAUGAACAUGUAUGUCUUCUGCAGCCCUCAAAUGUCUAAAUAUUUGUAUAUGAAAUCUACAACAUGAUAGACCAAAUCCUGCUUUCCUGCAAAGAGCCCCAAUGAAAGCAAUGAGACUACUCCAGUGAGGAGGGAAGCAGGAUUUGGACCUACAUUAUGUAACUGGGGAUAGCUGGCUGUGUGUAUUUGUGCCUGCAUGCAUGAGUGUAGGUGCUUGUAUUCCUAAAGCGGAGGGGGUAGAGUUCUAAUAUUAGGGAAAUUUCUUUCGCUUGGGACUAGUUCUGGUUGAAAUUCAAUUCAUCUGAGAGCAUGGGUAGAGUCUGCACUUUGUAACUCAGUGCAAAGUAGUCUUGAGUUGAUGGAGAAACAUAAAGAUUGUAUGUUGGUUUCUUCUAGUACCCAGUGCUUCAUUCCACAGCUGUUAUGAGUACUAAUGGCAUCUCUAACUGGCAGGAAAGCAGUGACCUCUUAGAAGAUGUG